AAUAGAGAGUAGAGAGGUUAAAUUAAUGAAUUAAAUUGCGGUAAAGUUUUACCUGGACAGUAAUGUACUAAUAAAGAUAGUAAAGCUUUAAUAUAUAUAUAUAUAUUUAAAAAUCUAUAAGGUUAGCAUAUGGAUUUGGGAUAUCUAAAGUUAAGUAGUUAUUUGAAUUCUAUAAGCACAGUAAAUGAUCCAAUGAGAGAAAAGAUGUGAGGGAAGUGAGCAGUGAGUAUGAAGUCAUGGUAUCAAUGUUGGCCAGUCUCUGUGUAUCGUGGAUGAAGGUGUUGGUAAAGGGAAGACUUGUGACUAACCCAUCUAUCAGAAAGUCUGUUGUGCCCUCUUAUGGUUGGAGUGAGAUAUUGAACGUUUGCAGCAGAUGUGUGAACUGCAAAUUGUGACAGUUUUUGUGUUCCCAACACCUCUCCAUCCUACCCGCUUUGCACUCACUGUAAAUCACUAUAGAUGAGAGAACAAAAUUAUUAAAAUGUAAGUGUUCCGAAUUCAGGGAAAUGAGAACCUGAAAGAGAGAUGAAAACUGACAUACUCUGCCUACAUACAUUUAGCAACUUAGAAAUAAGAGAACUUACAGUGACAAUGAGGAAGUUACACAUCACUAAUCACAGGAAAUAGAUUCUUGAUUUUUCUUUAACCAGUUCAGAGACUCUGACACUUAAUAGCUGAGAAGGGACAGAAAAAAGAACAGCAAAGCACAAUGGUUGAAUUCAGAUGGAUUAAAAUGUCUUUAUUUCUGAUACUGCUGCUUCAGUUGACAGUGACGCCACAACAUACCCCCAGGUUUGUUGUCAGUGUUGGAGAUGAAGUCACUUUGCCUUGUGAAAAUGUGAUACAUGAUCAGGACGCAUGUGAAAAUACCAACUGGCUUUUCAGUAGCUCAAACGCACAAUCUGUAGAGCUUAUUAAACAAGGGCAGAUUAAUGAAAAGGCCAAGGCUAAAUCAGACAGACUGAGUGUUGCUGCAAAAUGUUCCCUUUUUAUAAAGAAGGUCACAGCUGAGGAUGUUGGUUACUACACCUGCAGACAGAUAAAAUCAGGACAAGAUGCAAAUGUUUAUCUGUCUGUUGUUACCAUGACUGAACAUAAAGACCCUGAUAAGGUGACGUUAACCUGCUCUGUGUCGACAUCUGGAGGGUGUGGACACACAGUGAAGUGGCUGUAUGAGGGUAAAGAUGUGGACAAAGACAACAAAGACAUGAAGACGUUGCAGUCUGACUGCACAGUUACUGUGGCAUUUCUUACCUCUUCUCUCAAGCAGAAGUCACAGUAUCAUGAGUUGUUGAAGUGUGAAGUGACUGAUGACUACACUAACAAAGUGCAGCUGCUUCCCUUCAGCCCUCAGCCCUCAGGUGAGGAGGCGACAACGAUAAGAACAACUGAAAACAGAAAGUCAAGUACCAACAUAACAGCACCUGGCAACAGUGAUACUCCAACAACACUACAAGGUUGGUGGUCGUACAUCAUUGUGGCUAUAGGUUUAGUGGCACUUGUAAUAAUCAUUGUGACGGUCAUCAGAUGGAAGAGAACUAAAGGCAACAAAACACAGAUGGAUGAAAACACUAGACAGAGCCUAAACCCUGUGAUGACUGAGUCUGCUCCAGAAACCAGUCAGGACAUGGCUGAUCCUGAAGUUUCCUACGUCUCCAUCAGCUACACCAGGAAGACCAACAGUAAAGCCAAGGAUCGGGUUAAAAAUGAUGAUGAUGAAGGUGAUGCAGUGACCUACAGCACGGUGAAAGCUUCCUCUUCUUCUGGAUCCUCUGCUGAUCCCAGCAACAUCUACGCCACCAUCAACUAACCAAACAAAUAAGAGACUGCAGUACCUGAGAACCAUUUUACCAAUUUUGGAUGUCCACUGGCAUUUUGCAGAGAAUAUUGGAAUCUUCAGCUGUCUUUACCUGUCAGCCUGAUCCAUAAUGGGCAGAUCUUUAUAAUGUCACUGGCCAGGAAAACUCUCAAAGAUCAUCAGUCUUGAAAAUCUGUAAAUUGGUGACUAUUAUUAAAGUAUGUUAUUCUUGAUAUUCUCCAUGAAUAACCACCCAAAACAGACUCAGCCUGCUGGCUUGAUGUCUGCAGAGGAGAGGGAGGGGUGAGUUGCAGACUUCUUUCUGUGUUUUAUGUUGAGUCCACCACUGAGGCAUGGUACACAUACGAGUAUUAUCUAGACCUACUCUUGGCUGCAGAGGUAGACUGGUCUAAAACAAGUCCCCCAAAUUAAACAACAAAAUACGUCGUUUGUCCAUGCCCUGUAGAACGACACAUAAAAGCUUUUUCUGAUCUGACUCCUCUAUCAGCAGGACGACCUCAUUUCUCUGUGUCGCCCAAAACUCUUACAAAUCACGGUUGAAAAUUAAAUAUGUUUAAUGAUCAGACAAUGCCAUGGUUAAGGUUUGGUGAGGUUUAGGGAAAGAUCAUGGUUUGGGUUGAAAUGACUGCUUUGUCAAGGAGCUUCGUUGUCAUGGUUACAAUAACACGUGGUUAAGAUUAGGGAACAGAGGCACAAUUUCCAAAUCUCAGUCUCACUGACAAACACACCAAAAACAAUCACAACGAUAAACCAGCCUCUUUGCCUUGAUGUGAGAGGAAGACAAAGUUUUGAAUACUGACUUUAAGAUGUAAAUAUUUGGAUAUUUCAGGGCAGCUUUAAACAGUAAAACAUUGCUAAGUGAAUAGUUAAAGCUUUCUGAUGGGAAAACCAAAUCAUUUUUUAUACCUAGAGUGACUUUGAAUUUCACCAGAACCACAUUCUCAACCACAUCAUUUUUAGAAAUGUACUCUGUGUGAUGAUUCUAACUGUAUAAAAUUAUUCUGUUGUGUGAUUUGUUUCAUUCAUGCUUUGCAUCUAAAUAUACAUACAAACCUCUAUA